AUGCCAUUAUUUGUUGCUCAAUACCCUAUUGGAAUAAAUUCUCACGUAGAGGCCAUAAUAUUGCAAUUAGAAAUUGGGUCAGAUGAUGUUUGUAUGUUAGGUAUGUAUGGCCCUGGUGGAGUGGGUAAAACAACCAUUGCAAAAGCUAUUUAUAACAAAAUAUUAGAUCAUUUCGAAGGAAGCAGCUUUUUGGAAAAUGUUAGAGACAAGUCAGGGACAUUUGAUGGCAUUAUCCAACUACAAGAGAUACUUCUUCGUGAGACCCUAGGGAUGAAUGGACAACUGAAGGUGUGCAGUGAAUCGAAAGGAGCCAUUGCGAAAGAGAACAUACUUCGCCAUAAAAAAAUUCUUCUAAUUCUCGAUGAUGUGGAUAAAUUAUACCAAAUAGAAAGAUUGAUUGGAGGAUUUGAUUGGCUUGCUUCUGGAAGUCGAAUAAUUAUAACAACAAGAAAUAAACAUUUCUUACAAACUUUAAGAAUAUGUCAUUCAACAUACGAGGUUAAGGAAUUAGAUGAUCAUGAAGCUCUUGAACUAUUUAGUAUGCAUGCCUUUCAUAAAAACAAACCCGAGGAAGAUUAUUCAAAUCUUACUGAUCAGGUUAUAUGUUAUGCCAAGGGCCUUCCAUUAGCUCUAUCAAUAAUUGGUUCCAAUUUGCAUGGAAGAAGUGAAAUAGAAUGGAAAAGUGCAUUAGAUAAGUACAAAAUGAUUCCUGACAAAGAUAUUCAAAAAGUACUCCAAGUAAGUUAUCAAGGAUUGGAUGAAACAGAGCAAGAUAUUUUUCUCGAUCUUGCAUGUUUCUUCAAGGGUAUUUACAAGGAUUAUGUUGUAGAUAUACUAAAUUCUUGCAAUCUAUACCCAGUUAUUGGUAUUAAAAAUCUUAUAGAUAAGUGUCUCAUAAAUGUUGAUCAAUUUAACAAAUUAUGGAUGCAUGACUUGCUACAACAAAUGGGUAGAGAGAUUGUUCAACAGGAAUCGCCAAAAAUACCUGGAUUACGUAGCAGACUAUGGUGUUAUAAGGAUGCUUUUGAAGUACUAACGGAAAAUAAGGGAUCUGAUAACAUUCGAGGCAUAACAAUAAUCUCGCCUAAACUAGCAAAGUUGCAACUGAAAGCUAAAUGUUUUGAAAAGAUGGGAAAUCUCAAGUUCCUUUUGGUUGGUAAUGUUGAUACUUGUGGAGAUCUUGAAUAUCUUCCCAAUGGAUUAAGGGUGCUUGAUUGGUCUAGAUUUCCUUCAUCUUCCCUACCAUCCAAUUUUCGUCCUCACAACCUUCUUGUACUUGACAAGCCACAAAGUCCCGUUAUAUUGGACAAGAUUUUCGAGUUUAGAAGAAAGUUAGAGGUUCCACAAAAUACAAAAUAUGAAGACAACAUAUUAAUGGAUUCGCAUUCACAUCGCAAAUUAUCGCAUCAGAUUGAUUACUCUUCCAAGAUUGAUUUCUCUCACUCCCUCAUCAAGCCCCUAAGCACUCUACAUGCGUUUAUGAUGGAUUCUAUAAUGGAUUAUGAAGAGUCAUAUAAUAUUAUAGUAACAGGAAAGAAGAUUCCAAAGUGGUUUAACCAUCAAAGUAUUGAAAGUUCCAUAUCAUUUUGGAUUGGUCCUAAAUUUCCAACAAUUGCGGUUUGUUUCGUUUUUCAUCUAGUUCCGUUGAAGGACAGUUAUGCUAAUAAUGAUAAGUAUGGUUCUAUUCAUAAUGAUGAAAUUUGUUGGAAUUGUCAUGUCAACAUUUUCACCAACGAUCAUACGCAACCUUUGACAUUGCAGAGGGACUUUUACAGUAUGAAGUGUGAUCAUCUGUGGUUUUACAGUAAUUCUCAUAGCAAAUUUCAGCGGUUUUUCAGAAACAUGAUGCAAGGUGAUCGGAAUCUUGUUGAGAUUUCAUGUAAAAUCUCUUGGUGGAGUAGUAGAAACAAAAAAUUUGCUCCUGUGAUUGCAAGGAUGGGGGUACAUGCAGAAUGCAUUUGUCAUCCUCCAAAUUCUGUUAUCAUCGAUGACAACUCUGACUACUUUGAAAAUGUUGAUGACAGCUCUGAUGACAAUUGA